UCCUAAGCAAGCGGUUUAGGAAGAUAAGCAGUACCUGGGUUUAAUUAUUCAUAUAAGCAAUACCUGCUCUUAAGACCUUGCCAAAUGGCUAAUUCACUUCAGCUAAGUAAUUGACUAAUCUUUGAAUUGAACGACAAGUACAAGAAAAAUUCAUAAUUGCUGACAUUUACUAGCUACUACGAUGACGAUCAGUUGAAUUUGACUUGGUCCAAAAAAUCCAUAAUUUAUCUAGGUCAAGCAUUUCAGAUGUCCAGAACUGUCUAUAUGAAUCAUAUUACAUCUCAGAUGCGUAUCUGCCAUGCAACAAUUAUCUCACAUUUUCUCAAAUUUCAAACCGGAACCAGAUAUCUUCUGAUGACGAGGUAUAAAACGUAUGUUCUCUUCAUACUCUGCACGUUCUUACAACUAUUUGUUCCGAGUAUUGCUCAAGAAACCGGCACGACUAAUAUUUCCUGUAAUUACAAGUAUAAUCAAGAGUACACAAACGACAGUGAAUUUCGGAAAAAUAUCGAAAAGAUUCCUAGCGUUUUGAAUAGCACUGGAGCCUCCGAGAAUACUUUCUUUAACUUCUCGAUUGGAAAUGAAACAGAAACUGUAAAUGUCAUUGCUCUUUGCAGAGGUGAUCUCAUUCUCGAUACGACGAGGUGUCAGUCCUGUCUAUCAGCGGCUUACGAGGAGCUAGUAGACAAGUGUACUAAAGAAAAAGAGUCGAUUAUAUGGAAGGACGAAUGUAUGUUGAGAUACUCGGACCGAAAUAUUUUUAAUAUAAUGACGACUGAGCCCAGUGAUACUGAUAACAAUGAUGGUAAUGCCACGGCCAAGAAUUUCGGGAAGAAUUUGAGGUGUUUGUUGGAUAAACUCCAAGCAGCUGCUGCUGCAGGCACUUCUGAGAUGAAAAUUGCUACUGGAAAUAUUAGUGUUCCCCAAGGGACGACGUUCGGGCUAGUGCAAUGUACUCCGGAUUUUAGUGCUCAGGAGUGCAAAGAUUGCUUGGGUGAAGCAUUUGGAAAGCUGCCGGAUUGUUGCAUAAAUAAAAUUGGAGGACGAGUUGUUAUGCCGAGCUGUAAUGUUAGAUAUGAGACUGGAUCAGCUCCGUUUUAUUUCAGAACCGCAGCGCAAAUCCGUGGAACAGGAGAAUGUGGUGAUGGCAACACAAAUAUCACAACAAUUGUUAUUGUUGUCAUUUCUACCAGUUUAGUUGCACUAAUUUGUAUGGGAUUAUACAUCUACUAUUCAAGAAAGAAGAACCAAGGCAGUAUUGAUGGUUGGGAGGAGAUAAACGAAGAAUCCUUGCACUACGAUUUUGAUGCUGUCAAAUCUGCAACAAACAAUUUUUCACCUGUGAACGAACUUGGAAAGGGUGGAUUCGGAGUUGUUUAUAAGGGGAGGCUUGCUGAUGGCCGAGAAAUAGCUGUGAAGAGGCUGUUACAGAAUGCAACACAAGGAGAACGAGAGUUCAAAAAUGAAAUUCUACUGUUGGCAAAGCUUCGACACAGAAAUCUGGUCAGGCUUCUUGGCUAUUCACUUAGAGCAACAGAAAGGCUUUUAAUAUAUGAGUUUAUUGCCAAUGGAAGUGUUGAUAAUUUCAUAUAUGAUAAAGAAAAGCGUAGCAAUUUGAAUGCAGAGACAAGGUUUAAAAUUGUAAGGGGUGUUGCUCGGGGACUUCAAUACCUCCAUGAGGAUUGUCCUCUUAGGAUCGUACAUCGCGAUCUAAAACCUGGCAACAUUCUCCUAGAUACAGAAAUGAAUCCGAAAAUAGCAGAUUUUGGUUUAUCAAGGUUGUUUGAAGCUGACCAAACUCGUGCUGCUACAGAUAGACCUGCGGGCACACUGGGCUACAUGGCACCAGAGUAUGUAUUGCACGGUCAAUUUUCUGUUAAAUCAGAUGUCUUUAGCUUCGGUGUUGUGGUUCUGGAAAUCAUUACCGGCCUGACGAAGGGUUUUCAGAAUGGAGAAACUGAAAGCAUAGAGUAUCUUUCAAGCUAUGUGUGGAAAAAUUGGCGAGAUGGAAAGGCAUUGGACGUGAUAGAUCCCAUCUUAAGGGAUCAGGGAGACUCGACUCGUGACAUGAUAAGAUGUAUCCACGUAGCAUUGCUUUGUGUUCAAGAAAAUGCAGUUGAUAGACUGACCAUUGAUAACGCCAAUCUCCGAUCCCGGUCCUUCCUCCGCCGUGACUGGUGGUUCCGUGGUGCAGCUGCUGGAUGGGAGCCUACAAAACAACGCCGGCGGGGGGGUUUUGCCCCGAAGCGCCUCCGGCGUGAGAGUAAGCGUGGGUUUCGGAAGGAUAAAGAUUAG